AUGCAGUGGCCAUCCUUUACUCUUAUAUUAACGGAAUUAUUUCUAGUUUAUAUAAUUUAUUCGAUUUAUAAUUUAUCUUUAUUGUUUGUGGCACCAACUUGUGAAGACAACAAACUAUGCUUAACAUCGUAUUUGAAUCAAAAACCACAAUUACAAUUGCAAGUUUAUAGUUCUGUUGAUAGAUAUCCUAGCGCACAACAAGUUGAUUUUGUAUAUAAUAAUAAAAAUUUUAAUUAUACUCAUGCAAAUACUCUCCUAUUAACUUUGAAUAUUCCACGCAAAACACGAAACAAUGGAACAUUGUUUCUUCAUAUUAUCAUAGCACCAAAUUCCAAGAAAUAUGAAAAAAAUAUUAAUAUACAAAAGGAUCCAUAUGUAUCUUCUAUUACUAUCAAAAUGACACAAUAUAAAGUUCCUGAAGCAGAAGCUUUUAAUUUAUUGAGUGAAAAACAUUCAGAAAAAAAAAAACAAAAUUUAAUAAAUCCAGUGACUCAUAUUAAAAGCCGUGUAACAUUUACAAUAAUGACAGAUGAUAUAAAACUUCCUAUACAUAAUGUACCUAUAGAACUUGUAAAUCAUUUGAAAAUUAUACAAGGCAAAACAUUUUUACCUAUAGUUAAUUGUGAUUUUUUACAAACUAGACAUCAUGAUUUAAUGAGAAUCAUGCCUCAAAACAAUACAGUUAAUAUCACAUUACAAUAUUCUCCAAUUUCUAUUUCAAAGCUAAGAUUGUUAUUACAUGUGGAAGCUACUAUGCAAAAUUUAAAAAAUCUUGGAUUUUCUGAUAAAGAUAUGGAUGAAGUAAAAGGAAUUUUUGUAGAUACUAACAUAUAUAUAUUGGGAGGAACUUUUCUUAUUGCAGCCAUUCAUUUGCUGUUUGAUUUCCUUGCUUUUAAAAAUGAUGUGAGUUAUUGGAGAAGAAAAGAUAAUCUUGUAGGUCUUAGUAAAUGGACUGUUGCAUGGCGAGGAUUUAGUCAAACUGUUAUCUUUCUUUAUUUACUAGAUGAAGGUUCAUCUUUGCUUGUACUUAUUCCUACAGGCAUUGGAUCUAUUAUUGAGAUGUGGAAAUUGAAGAAAGUAUUGAAACUUAGACUUAAAAGUAAUAAUAAUAAUUAUAUGGCUGAAGCUAGAACAAGAGAAUUUGAUGCAGAAAGUAUGCGUUAUUUAAGUUAUUUAUUAUAUCCUCUUGUCAUCGGCGGUGCAAUUUAUUCUUUACUUUAUCAACAUCACAAAAGUUGGUAUUCAUGGAGUAUUAAUUCUUUAGUAAAUGGAGUUUAUGCAUUUGGUUUUUUGUUUAUGCUUCCUCAACUUUUUGUAAAUUACAAAUUAAAAUCUGUGGCACAUUUACCAUGGAAAACAUUUAUGUAUAAAGCAUUUAAUACAUUUAUAGAUGAUGUUUUUGCAUUUAUCAUUGUUACACCAACAGCUCAUAGAAUAGCUUGUUUUAGAGAUGAUGCUGUUUUCCUUAUUUAUCUUUAUCAAAGAUGGCUAUAUCCAGUAGAUAAAUCUCGUCCAGAUGUCGUCACUAUUGAUGAAGAACCUGUUGAUUUUGAAAAUUUAAAUUAUAAAAAGACAGACUAAAACGAACUUUAUUUAACAUUUAAUAUUUAUAUCAUAUGCAACAAAAAUUAUUAUUAUUCUUCUAAUCACUAUUUGAGUAAUAAUGUACAUAUUAUAAAUUCCUAAAUGCAAUUCAUAAUAUUUUAGAUGUAAUGUCUUUUGUUAUAUAUUUACACUUUUACAAAAAAAUGCUGAAAUAUAAAUAUUUUUCAUUAUAAU